AAAAGAGCUGUGCUUUUUGGACAUAACAUUUCCGCUUUCUAAUCCUCACUCCACCAACUCCCUCAAAUUCCCUCACGACCAGCGAGCGAAGCAAAAUUCUUUGAAACCUCCUCAAAAUCUUAUCUUCAUUCCAAUCUUUGAAGCUUCAAUCAUGGAUCCCAACUCCCAAAUCCUCGAAAAUUCUGAACCCAAUUCAUCGGACGACCAAUCUCCGGCCGUUCCAGUUCGCUCGCCGCCCCUCGCCCUCGCUUCUCUCACUUUAUCUCUGUCAACGGCCAUUCCCUCCAAUUUUCUCGUCCAACCCAAAUUUUCUGGGUUGUUUUCUCGGCAACCAAACAAAGAUGAAGUUCCCACUCAAGCUUCUUCUCUUUCUCGCUUACCCAUUUCCUGUUCUUCUCUCUGUCCCCCAAAAAUCUCUCUCAAAUCCACCAUUGCUGCCAACCCACUUCAAAUCCCUCUCUCUUUAGGCCCUCGCCGCCCCUCAGAGCCUUCCAAUGGUGCUGGAAUUCGUCGAGCUACCAUCGUUUGGUUCCGUAACGAUCUACGCAUCCACGAUAACGAAUGCCUAAACUCUGCUCAUAACGAUUCUAUGUCUGUCUUGCCUGUUUACUGUUUCGAUCCGAGAGAUUACGGCAAAUCGUCGUCUGGUUUCGAUAAAACUGGACCGUUCCGAGCUGCAUUUGUGAUUGAAUCUGUCUCGGAUUUGCGGAAGAAUCUCCAGGCGAGGGGUUCUAAUCUCGUUGUUCGAAUUGGGAAACCUGAAACUGUUCUUGUUGAAUUGGCCAAGGAAAUUGGAGCUGAUGCAGUUCAUGCUCACUACGAGGUUUCACACGAUGAAAUGGAGACGGAGGAGAGGAUUGAAAGUGCGAUGAAGGAGGAGAAUGUUGAGGUUAAGUACUUUUGGGGAAGCACUUUGUAUCACAUCGAUGAUUUGCCGUUUAAAAUGGAGGAUAUGCCGUCCAGUCAUGGUGCCUUUAGAGAGAAAGUUCAAGGGUUAAGUGUGAGGAAGACGAUUGAAGCUUUGGAUAAGAUGAAGGGGUUGCCUUCUCGUGGUGAUGUGGAGCCUGGGGACAUUCCUUCUUUAUCUGAUUUGGGUCUUAACCAACCUGUGGCUAUGUCUAAGGAAGGAUGGCUAGCUCCCAAUACUUCUCAAGUGGGAGGGGAGACUGAAGCACUUCAUAGGCUUCAAAAAUAUGCAGCUGAGUGCCGAGCCCAACCACCAAAGGCGACAAAGAACGGCGUCCAGAGUAGCAUCUAUGGUGCUACCUUUUCCAACAAAAUUUCUCCAUGGCUAACCAUGGGUUGUAUUUCACCUCGAUCGGUGUUUGAUGAAUUAAAUAAAACUGUUUCCAGGAAGAAUGAUGGUGGCAAUGGCACUGGAACAAACUGGCUGAUGUUUGAGUUAUUAUGGAGGGAUUUCUUCAGAUUCAUUACCAAGAAAUACAAUUCAACAAAGAAACAGCCCAAUCCUUCUCCAGCCACAGCUUGCACUGGCGCCCUUGCUUAGGGAGAGCUGGAAAGCAGGCAUAUCCUCAUGUUGUAGGCAUUUCUUGAUCUUUGGAAUUACCGUAAGUUGCCCUCGUAAACGUUGUUUAUUUUUUGUACCAAUUUCACGUCUACCGAGCCUCGUCUCGUUUGCUUAGAAGACCUCGCCUAGCUCUACAAAUAAACCGGUCGAACAUCUUAAAUUUUGCCCCCAGAGAGAAAGAAGAAGAGAGAGAGAGGUAUUCAUUUUCCUACUAUGUUUUCUGUUCUAAACACAUAAAACCUCAGUUCUGCCUAUUGCAUGGUGUGAAAUUGUAGGUUAAUUUCUGUUGUAUUCAACUGGUUGAUUUCAAUAGUUGGGAUGGGCUGUUCAUGUCAA